AUGGCUCCUCCAAGUGCUAUCGUCGUGGGAGCUGGAGCUGGAGGGAUAGCAACGGCUGCUCGGUUGGCAAAAGCGGGAUAUCAGGUCACCGUCGUUGAGAAGAAUGAAUUCUUAGGAGGUCGAUGUUCGCUUGUGCAUCAUGAAGACUACAGAUUUGAUCAAGGCCCUUCACUCUUGCUCAUGCCAGAAGUGUUCCACCAGACAUUUCACGAGCUGGGCACUACUCCAGAAAAGGAGAAUAUCCGAUUACUGACAUGCGAGCCCAACUAUCGCAUCUGGUUCUCCGAUAAUGACCAUCUGGAGAUGUCAACUGAUAUCAGCAAAAUGAAGCCUCAAAUAGAGCGUCUCGAAGGUCAAGAUGGCCUUGAGGGUCUGUUUGGAUUCCUGAGAGAGUCUGGCCAGCAUUACGAUCUUUCUAUGAAGCAUGUCCUGUGUAAGGAUUUCCCGAAUAUCUGGGCUAUGCUUCGACCGGGUCUUGUUCUGUCGUUGUUGUCAUUACAUCCGUUUGAGAGUAUGUAUGGUCGCGUUAAGCGUUACUUCAAGUCCGACAAGCUUAGACGGGCGUUUACUUUUGCGAGUAUGUAUCUUGGGAUGAAUCCGUUUGAAGCUCCUGGGACAUAUUCGCUUUUGCAGUAUACCGAGCUUGCGCAUGGGAUUCUCUAUCCAGAAGGAGGAUUCGUGAAAGUACUCGAGGCAUUGGCCCACGUUGGAGAACGCUUCGGAGUGACAUACCGUAUGGGCACUGAAGUCGCUUCCAUUAUUCAAUCUCCCGAUGGCACGGCUCGUGGUGUACGACUCUCCUCCGGCGAAGAGCUUCUCGCCGACACUGUCAUCAUCAAUGCCGAUCUAGUCUAUGCAUUCAACAACCUAUUGCCACCAACCACUUACGCCCAAAGCUUGACCAAACGACCAGCUUCAUGUAGCAGCAUCUCUUUCUUCUGGUCAUUUGAUCGAGUCGUCAAGGAACUCUCGGUGCAUAAUGUAUUCUUGGCGGAAGAGUACAAAGACAGCUUCGACUCCAUCUUCCACCACCACCAACUACCCACAGAACCCUCCUUCUAUGUCAAUGUUCCAAGUCGAAUCGAUCCUACCGCAGCACCGGACGGUAAAGAUGCCGUGGUGGUCUUGGUCCCCGUCGGCCACAUCGUGGACGACCCUUCUAAUCCCCAAGACUGGGAUGCUCACGUAAACCGUGCUCGCGAAGCUGUUCUCAAGACAAUCGAAUCUCGAACGGGAGCUUCAGGGCUGCGCGAAAGUAUUCUUCGCGAAUCGGUCGAGACACCUAUGAGCUGGAAGGAGAAAUUCAAUCUUGAUCGGGGCGCUAUCCUGGGUCUUUCGCAUUCAUUCUUCAACGUUUUGAGUUUCCGACCUAAGAUCAAGCACCCUGAUAUCCCGAGACUCUAUUUUGUGGGAGCCAGUACGCAUCCAGGAGCUGGAGUGCCCGUUGCUCUUAUGAGUGCGAAGGUUGCUAGUGAAAUUAUCCUGGAGAAUUCGUGCAAGAAAAGGGGCGGAGGAUCUAUGUGGGUGAUAUGGUGGUUUGUUCUACCAAUUUUGCUUGCAUUAUUAUCUUUCUUUGGGUAUGGUUCCAUGGAUUGGACAAGGCUGCUUCCUCUGGAAGGGAAGAUGUGA